AUGGACAACCUGAACGACUCCACUGCGUCUCCCGCCUCUGAGCCUCGAAAGCAGAAAAAGAAGAAGGUCCUGCUCAUGGGCAAGUCUGGCUCCGGUAAGAGCUCCAUGAGGAGCAUUAUCUUCUCCAAUUAUGUUGCGAAGGACACCAGACGCUUGGGAGCUACGAUUGAUGUCGACCUCAGCUCUGUCAAGUUCUUGGGCAAUCUGACCCUCAAUCUCUGGGACUGUGGCGGACAAGAUGCUUUCAUGGAAAAUUACCUCUCCCAACAACGCCAACAUGUCUUCUCCAACGUCGGUGUCCUCAUCUAUGUCUUCGACAUCGAAUCUAGAGACUUCGACCGCGAUCUACUUACAUACCGCUCCAUCAUUGCUGCCCUCGGCCAAUUCUCACCCACCUCGAGCGUCUACAUACUCGUCCAUAAGAUGGAUCUGGUUGUUCCUUCCCAACGCGAAGAUAUCUACAAUGAACGAGUCGCUCUCAUCCGAUCCAAGUCCGAUGCCUUCGCUCCCAUCCCGUUUGCUACGUCUAUUUGGGACCAAUCCCUCUACAAGGCCUGGGCUGAAAUCAUUCACGAUCUCGUCCCCAACCUCGACCAAAUUGAGAAUCAUCUCGGCGAGUUGGGCGAGCUUAUUCAAGCGGAAGAGGUCUUGCUCUUUGAGCGCUCUUCCUUCCUUGUAGUUUCCUCUUGGUGCAGCAGAAUUGGCGCUAUGAAUCCUACCUCCGACCGAUUCGAGCGCUUCAGCAAUAUCAUCAAAAACUUUAAGCAGACCACCAGCCGCUACACCGGUACCCCAAAGAGCGCCGAGCAAUUUUCACUUUUGGAGAUGAAGCUCCCCAAUUUCUCGCUCUUCAUUGUCAAAUUCACUACCAAUACCUACCUCUCGGUCUGCCUGCCCCCAGGCGAGGAGCGGUUCAACCUUGCGAUGGAGAACUGCUAUAUUGCGAGAAAGAAGUUCGAGGAUCUCGACUCUCCAGCAAAGAAGGGUGCUGAUCGUGGUGCAACUUCUGGAUCCGUUGAGGCUUGA